AUGUUGCAGAAAAAUAAUUUAGACUCAUUAGGCUUUGGGGUCGCUGGGAUUCAAGGUAGUUCAGCUACAUCCUCUGGAGAACCAACGAGUAUAACUUGGGAUAUGAAAAGAGGUUUGGCUAAUUUAUCUCUGUUGCUAAAUUCUCCACAUUCUUCUGAUAAUGGCACAAAGUGUAAGAAACACAAGAGCUUAGAGCAAGACAAGGGUGAGCAUGUAAGGAGAGAAUCAUCUAUUAGUUCAGCAAUGAAAGACAGUACUCAAGAACCUUCUGAUGAUCAUUCCAAUGGUGAAAGGCGAUCUCUAGCAUCAUCUGCUAUGCAACCAUGCAAUGAAAAAACUGGGAAUCAUCCAGCGAAAGAUCUCCUUCCGCAAAAUCCAUCAAUGUGGAGUUUUGAGAAGGUAGGAAACUCAAGUAGUGUUGUUAUAUGUCUACCGGGAGCUGGUUCUGAGUUAUCAUCAUUAGAAGCAGAGGCUUAUCAAUCAAACCAGACGUGUUCUCCUCGCAAGACAAGUGGAUCCUCAAACAUCUCUUCUUCAGAGCUCAUUAUUGAUAUUAGAGAGUCAACUAGCUAUUCUGAAUCAUUCAAGUUCCAGUACAAUGGAGGCAAGAACUGUCUGCCAGUGAAUACUGAAGAGCAGGAAAAGAGUGAAACUGGUAAGUGAGCAGGCAAGGUCAGAGUGACUUGUUUGAUUGGUGAAACAUCCACUGUAUUGUAUAAUAUUUGUUCAAGUGAUAGAGAAGGGCUAUUAUAUUAUACCUGAUGUGGAGUUAGUCAAGAAGUGGGCCUUUCUACUGCUGUUUUUUUUUUU